AUGCCUUGCUCCUCUUCCUCCUCUUCGGACAACGACGACGAUCCCGACUACCGCCUCGACUCAUCCGACGACGAUGACCAGAACCACCACGCCGCCACCACCGACGACGGCAACCACGCCGCUGACGUCGUCCACCCGACGCCCGCCGACGCCGAGGGCGUCGUCUCGUUCCUGCGCACGCAAGGCGAGGUCGACGCUCUGUGCGAGCAAUAUGGCAUCCCCGAGGAUCAGUACACCGCUCGCCCUGCCGGCGACCUACGCGCGAGCUCGUCCCCGCCGCCGGGCACCGUGUGCGUGUACGCGCGCGCGCUGGAGGCUGGGAUGCGCGUCCCGCUCCACCCGUUCUACCGCGACGCGCUCGCCCACUUCGGCAUCGCGCCGACCCAGCUCGCGCCCAACGGGUGGCGUAUCAUGGCGGGCUUCCUGGUGCUCUGCCGCUCCGCCGGCGUGCCGCCCUCGCUCGCCGUGUUCCGCUACUUCUUUGGAUGCCUCCCGCUGUUCUGCCAAAAAAACAAGCGCAAAGGCUGGUAUUUUUUCCGAGCCAGAGGCGCGUCCCUGUGCUUCGCGGGUUUGCCGCACCGUAACACGGAUUGGAAGCACGGAUUCUUCUUCCUCUGGUCGCCGGAGCCGUGGACUUGCCCCGUGGAGUGGGGCGAGCCGCCCACGAGCUCGCUCGUCGAGCCGGUGCUCAACGGGGAGGAGGAAAAAUUGGCGGCGAAGCUGCUGGAGGCUCACGACGCCGCCCCCGUCGAUCUCAGGACCUGUCUUUGCGAGAGCAACCUUGUCGCCGCCAUGAUAUCUCCGGCGUCGCCGGUGGCAGCGACGCCGCCUACUUGUGUUCAUACAACCGCCGGUUCCGAAGGGAUGGAUCCCCUGGUCUACGGCAUGAUGCAAUCCAUUCGGGCGGAAAAGGCGGCGGCAUCCGCGAGCAAGGCGAAAAGCGAGGCGGGUAGCGACGCCCCGUCGUGCGGAAAGAAGAGGAGUCUCGACGAAGCAUUCGGCGAGGAGGGGCGGCCUUCUUCUCUGCUGCCAAGCGGGCGACCUGCCGCCCAUGGCAUCUCGGCUCUCGCCGGCGUGUGCUCGCCGCCCCCAGGCUUCUCCCGGAAGCCGACGCGCGUCCCCAACGGACACAGCGACGACGGCACAGACUGGGAGGCCGCACGGGAGUUGCUGCGAGGCGCCGUCGCGCCACCGCUGGAGCGCGUCUUUGCCGCCAGCAAGCCGUCUGAUGUCGUCGCGUCGUGCAACGUAGCGGUUCUCAAGGCCGUGAACUACGCGCUGUACUCCUCAGCAUACGCGCUGGAGCUCGAGGAGAAGCUGGCGGCGCGAGACACAGAGGUCGCCGCUCUGCAGGACCAACUGAAGAGGGCCAAGGCUAAGCUCGCUGUGGUGAAGGAUCGCAGGAGGACAUGA